GUAUGCACAACACCCUGCCCGGUCCAUCUAUAGUUAUAUCUGCAGAUAUAUCUACAGUGUGCUGUGUACCCAGCAUUAGAGAUAUGAUGAGACCAGAGCUGCCUGGCACACUGCAGGGAACCCAGUCCUUGGCAUCUCCUCUCCAGAAGCAUGCAGGCAGUUCCCCAUGCACAGCACCAGAGUGACACUGCUGAAAGCAAGCAUCGGAAGUCACCCAAAGCCAUGGAGGAGGACGGGUGGACCUGUCCUUCCUUAGCAUGUUCAGUGCAGGAGGGAGAGCUUGCAGGCACAAAUGAUUUAGGACGGGCUCCGUUAAGGGGGGCAAUCGCUUCAAGCCAACCCCUUGAAUCCGCCACGGAUUCCUGGAUGAUUACCAUACAGUACCUGAUUCUGUUCAGAGGCUUCUACUUUCACGCCUGUCUGCAGCAGCGCUGUUUGCGUUGCUUAGUAACAGAAGACGCCAUCUUGGUAUAUGACGUCACUAAUGUGCGCCGCCCGCACCCGGAAGUACUCGGCAAGGUCUGAGAGUCAAGUGCACCAGUCGGUUGUGUCUGCAAAGGGUCAACAUGGGAUUACUAGAAUCAGUAAUAACAUCGUAUAGCCUCCUCCUGUGCUGUGUGUCUGCUCGGGCAAGUCAUGUAUUCCUGCAGGGUAUAUGAAUACUGUAGUACACUGUAUUAUACGUUUGGUGGUACUCGUGAAACUACCAUUGAGCGAGACUGGCAGUAGAGAUCUCAUUACAACAUGUAUUAUAGUCAGGAGAUAUAUGCAGUAUACUACAGCUGCUGUAUAAAUUGCAGGUGAAAUCUCCAGAAGCCAUGGGUCAAGGUACAGUGAGGAAGGCCCUUACUAUUUUGUUGGUAGGAGAGGGGAACUUUUCUUUUUCUGCAUCCCUCUGUGAUGCCAGCCAGGGGAAGGAUCUCAUUGUAGCCACCUGCUAUGAGACAGAAGAUACCAAAUCUCAGCGGCCUAUUGCCUGGGGCAAUGUUCAGCAUCUUCGCAGUAAAGGAGCUGUGGUUCACUUUGGAGUGGAUGCUACAAGGCUGAAAGACUACGCUUUUCUCAGCAAUCAAAGUUACGACAGAAUUAUAUUUAACUUCCCACACUGCGGCAGGAAAGCUGGAGUGAAGAAGAACAGGGAUUUGCUGUCCAAUUUUUUUCGCAGCUGUGCAGAUAUUCUUGCUCAGGAAGGGGACAUCCAUGUGGCAUUAUGUCAAGGACAAGGUGGCACUCCAGCUGAUCACCCUAAGAGGGAAUGGCACAACAGCUGGCAAGUGGUUGCCAUGGCAGCAAAGGCAGAAUUAAUCCUGAGUGCAGUGGUCCCAUUUCAAUCAGAUCAGUACUAUGGUUAUCAAAGCACCGGAUACAGGAGCCAGGAUAAAUCAUUCCACAUGGGUGGUGCUGUGGACCACGUAUUCACCAGAAGUUUACCACUGGAGAACCUGGCAGCAUUGCGUCUGAUUGACAGAUUAACCACCUGCCCUGUGUCUGUCCAGGAUCCAGCAUACAAGGAUGGUACAGCAGACAGGUAUUCUCUUGGACAGGACUUGUGCCAUCCCGUCAGUGUGCUCUAUGAAGAACUGCUCGUGUCUUUUAAAGAUAAACUUCCAGUUAACAUUUUAGAGGACACAUUCCCUCUCAUUUGUGAGACCGGCAAUCUUACUUCUGUUCCCAAAUAUUCAGGGACUAAUACCAAUAUCUACUAUGUGAUGACUGAUGAGAGCAAGAUACCAGCUGGGAGCUCUGACCAUAUACAGGAGAGGCAGAUAUGUGCAUCCCAACAGAGCCUGGAACAAGGACUACACUCAUCCAAUAUUUCUACUGACCAGGCCACAAGGCUAUAUUACCUGAGGUCCUCUCUGGCAUGUUUCAUUGAUGACAUAAUACAGAAAUCCAGCUCUACGCCCAGCUGUCUGUCUGUUUUGAGUGGACACGUUUUCAGAAAGUGUUUGAUCUCUUCAUGGACCAUGCCAGUUUACCGUGAAGCUCUCCUGCUGCUGGGUUAUCAGAGUGACUCGUUGACAUCCCAGGUCCAGCUGCUGAUGGAUACCAUUGAGAACGCUGUGGACUCCGUUGUGGCAUCAGUGUACAGUGGCAUAACAGGAACUGCGAGUGACAAAUUAGAAAAUAGUAAAAACCAUUCUAGGAGAAGCACCUUAACGUUUCAUCCAAAAAGUGCGGUAGAUUAUGUGAUUACUGCGUCGCCAGCUAACUGUGAUCAAAUAGUCGGAACAGUGAAGGUUCUUCCUCCGGGAUCUCAACCCAACAGCCUUGGUUUCCUUUUGACAACUUUAAAUCUAGACUUAAUGGCCAUGUGUCUAUUGGCCAUAGAAGACUGGCGAAUGCUUUGGUCAGCUGAUGAACGAUUCAUGCAGCAAUACAAUCAACGUCUGCUGAAACCCUUUCACAGCUUUUCCCUGCAUCCUCCGUAUUACAUCCAUGAUGUAAGUUUCUGGGUUGAUGGUGACUCUGCAUUUGAGGAAGUAGAAUUUCACACUAUAGCGCGGAGAGUGUCUAUGGGAACCAUUGUCAGUGUGCAGCUGCAGGACAAGUAUGAGGAUGGGAAAGCGGGUAAGACCGGUCUGUGUUACCGGUUGACCUAUCAGUCCUGUGAUCGGGCUCUCAGUUAUGAGUCUGCAUUAGAAAUGCAGUUACUAUUACGGGGUGAGCUGCAGAGGUGUUUGCACGUUACUAUGAGGUAGACUAGCACUUGACAGUAGUGGAGGGUGACCUGAUGAGUGCGGUAUUCUCAAACGAUUGGAAUAAGCGCUGCCAAUAAAAACAAGGAAGGCUAAUAAUAAAGCACAGAUUAAAAAGGUGGAGUUCAAUUGUUUAGAUGCAACCAAAUGUUGCUGUAUACCACUAUCAGUAAUGGGAUGUAGAAAGAAAGCAUAAGCAAUGACAACUGACCAACGAGAGAUACAGUAUGGCUAUUUACAUGGGCAAUGUAGAGAGAUGGGCAGUACUGGCACAUAUUAAAUACAGGGAGCACCAGGUUGGGUAAAUAUUUUUAUGUGCAAGCAGAAAAUCCUUAGCAGCGGUAAAACUAACAUCGUAUGUCAGCAAAAAAUCCUGUACAGCGGUAAAAUGUGCAGAUACAGAGCGUGGCUACAGUACUUUCUGUAAUCCACAGUUUUGUUUUCCUCUGUUUCUUUUUUCUUUUAUUUAUUUUUUACAAAUAAAAUACUAUUUUAUGCUUA